AAUCUCUGAAAAGACAUAUUGAGAAGGUCGUCAAAAAAGAAAUAGACGAACUUAGACGUGAAGUGAAAAAAAUACGUACUAAUACGGAAACUGAGAAAAGUAAUGACGUGGCUAAAUAUGGCAGUGCGCAAAAUCAAGUGAAGAUGAAAUACAAGGAUACUUCAUGGAUGAAUGUACGGCAUUCAAAGUACUACCAGAAAAACAAACUUCAUGUUGAAGACACAAGUAGUACAUCAUUACUGAAUACUCGAAAACCAGGUUUUGUAUUCAUUCAAAAAGGAAAACAUCUGGAUCCAUUGAAUGUUGUAGCUGUUGGUGAAAAUAAGAAAAGUAAGAAUUUUAAAAGUGCUGACAUAGGACACGCAGUGGCAUUUGCCGAAAAAGUGCACCAACUUCAACAACGACGACAACGUGAAAAUGCAGGAGUGCUUGAAUGUAUGUCUGAUAAUGUUCUUCAAUCAUUAGUUAAUGACAAACCAAUAAAUUAUGAACCAAUGAUUGAUUUGGUAUGUCUGAUCCGGUCGAUGCUUCAUCAACCACUAUUGAUUGAGAGGAUUUCCUUUGAUUGGGUUCCGCGAAACUCCAAGGAACGAGUGCAAAAUAUUUGGCCUGUUAAUGGAAGAUCUGUAUUGUGGAGCAAGAUCCGUUCUAAUGCCGAGAAUUCGAAUUAUGAUGACGAGUUAUAG